GCCCCCCCCCCCCCCCCGUCGCGCCCUCACCUCGCCGCGACAACCGCUACCGCCGCCGCGCAAAACCCCGUCCCACACCCCAGCGCCCAACCCCUAUCCACCCCAACCAGAUCGAUCGGCGGCACCUUCUGCUCCCAAUCCCGCGGCAUCGCCCCUGAGUCUCCCACCGCUGAAGCCCACACCGAGUUCCUCCUCCUCCUCCUCGUCUGCCGCUGCCGUCGCCUCCCGCCGAAGGACGCAUGCUACGAGGCUCGGUUCUCGCGUACUUUCUCCGCUGAUCCCGUCUGCUGCUCCUGGACUGGCGCGGACAUCCGGAAGGGACGCGAUCCCUUUUGCUGGCUACUGCAGUUUUUGAUACAUAUCCACCUUUCAAUGCAUCGUGUCGGGAGUGCUGGAAACACGGCCGGUUCAAGUCGACCGAGAAAGGAGAAGCGCUUCACAUAUGUGCUCAAUGAUGCUGAUAAUAAAAAGCAUUGUGCUGGAAUCAACUGCUUAUCGUACCUGAAUGCUUCUGCUUCUGGUACAAGUGAUUAUCUUUUUACUGGGAGUCGCGAUGGUACCUUGAAGAGAUGGGAAUACCAAAAUGGGGAUGCAAACUUUUCAGCAACCUUUGAGUCACAUGUUGAUUGGGUUAACGAUGCCAUUAUUGUUGGCCAAAAUCUUGUUUCCUGUUCCUCAGACACCACAUUAAAGGUGUGGAAUUGCUUAGCAGAUGGUGCUUGUACCAAGACGCUCCGCCAGCAUUCUGAUUAUGUGAUAUGUCUUGCUGCGGCUGAAAAGAAUAACAAUAUUGUAGCCUCUGGUGGCCUUGGUGGUGAGGUCUUCAUAUGGGAUCUUGAUGCUGCUAUUGCACCUAUAGCCAAAUCUGUAGAUGCAAAAGAGGAUGAGGUUCCUAACGGAAGCUCUGGACCUGCUUUGUCAACCUUGUGCAAUGUAAAUUCUAGUGGCAACAUUGUUUCUACCAAUGGAAAAUCACAUGGGUACAGUCCAAUUGCUGCCAAAGGUCAUAAGGAUUCAGUUUAUGCAUUGGAUAUGAAUGAUACAGGGACAUUGCUUGUCUCUGGUGGUACUGAAAAGGUUGUUCGUGUUUGGGAUCCCAGGACAGGUUCUAAGAACAUGAAAUUGAGAGGGCACACUGACAAUAUCAGGGCUUUGCUUAUUGAUUCCACUGGAAGGUAUUGUCUAUCAGGCUCAUCUGACUCAAUGAUAAGACUAUGGGAUCUAGGACAGCAACGCUGUGUGCAUUCUUAUGCCGUUCACACUGAUUCCGUUUGGGCGCUCGCAAGCACCCCUUCAUUUGGUCAUGUUUAUAGUGGUGGAAGAGAUCAGUCCGUGUACCUGACAGACCUCUCCACACGAGAGAGUGUUUUACUAUGCACAAAUGAACACCCAAUCCUACAGUUGUCCUUGCAAGAUGAUACAAUAUGGGUUGCAACAACUGAUUCUUCUGUUUAUGGAUGGCCAGCUGAAGGGCAAACCCCACAAAAGGUUUUUCAAAAGGGCGGCUCAUUCUUAGCUGGGAAUUUGUCAUUCUCAAGAGCAAGAGCUUCUUUAGAAGGAUCAGCACCUGUGCCUGUAUACAAAGAGCCAUCUUUCACUAUUCCUGGAGUUCCAGCUAUAGUUCAACAUGAGAUCAUGAAUAAUAGAAGGCAUGUCCUGACAAAGGAUACUGUUGGUUCUGUCAAAUUAUGGGAGAUUACUCGAGGAGCUGUUAUCGAAGAUUUUGGCAAGGUUUCGUUUGAUGAUAAGAAAAAGGAGUUAUUUGAGAUGGUUAGCAUACCUGCAUGGUUCACCAUGGACGCUCGAUUGGGGUGCCUGUCUGUUCACCUGGAUACUCCACAAUGCUUUUCCGCAGAAAUAUAUGCGGUUGAUUUGAAUGUUACUGGAGCACAGGAAGAUCUUAAGAUUAAUUUGGCUCAUGAGACUCUUCGUGGUUUGUUAGUUCAUUGGAGUAAACGAAGGCCGAAACCAGGCCCACACAGCUUGUCCAAUGGUGAUUCUUCAAUAGGGAAAGAUGUAUCAUUGAAAAUUUUGCCACAUUCAAGAUCUGACGUCGACGAUGGAAGCGAAAACCAUGCAAAUAAUGUGCUUCCUUCGUUUGAGUUCUCCACGGUUUCGCCUCCAUCAAUUAUCACGGAAAGUUCUAGUGGAGGGCCUUGGAGAAAGAGAAUUACCGAUUUGGAUGGAACCGAGGAUGAUUUGCCAUGGUGGUGCGUGGACUGUGCUGAGAACGGCCGAUUUCCAAAAGAGAACACAAAGUGCGGCUUUUAUUUGCAUCCGGCCGAAGGCUCACCUGCACCAAACAUAACGCAAGGGAAACUCAGCGCCCCACGGAUAUUGCGAGUUCUCAAAGUUGCUAACUAUGUUGUUGAGAAGCUUGUUCUUGAGAAACCAUUGGAUGGAAGUCCGGACAGCACAUUUGCCAUGGGUUUGACCUCUGGCACAUCAGCCCUAGAUAGUUCUUCCCGGCUUGGACUAAAGCCAUGGCAAAAACUGAAACCUUCUGUUGAGAUAUUGUGCAACAACCAGCAGGUUCUGUCACCUGAGAUGAGUUUGGCGACAGUGCGGACAUAUAUUUGGAAGAAGCCGGAGGAUUUGAUUCUUAAUUACAGAGUGGUCCAAUCAAGAUAAUUGCAACCUACUCCCUCCGUUCCUAAAUACUUGUCUUUCUAGGCAUUUCAACAAGUGACUACAUACGGAGCAAAAUGAGUGAAUCUACACUCUAAAAUAUGUCUACAUACAUCCGUAUGUAGUAGUCAUUUGAAAUGUCUAGAAAGACAAAUAGGAACGGAGGGAGUAAAAUACAUCCGCUCGUUUGGUUCACCAUAGGUGCUGAGCAUAUCUGCAUUGGAGAUGGCAUCGUUGAAGAUAACCAUAUGACCUAUAGGAUGCGAGUGUUCCAUUCUUGUGCUGCUCUUUGGUGCCGUUCCCAGAACUACAGCAACUUAAUUCCUCCUCUGUAAAGUUUUUCUGUGAAUCUUGUAUCUCCAGGCUUCUAGUGAGAUUGUAUCAUAGCACAGGUGUAAUGAUCUGCUAGCUACCAGGCUUGUAUAUCUAGAGAUUUGGAUUUCUCAAUAAAGCUUCUAAAUGGGAUAAAAGAAAUUAUUUCUUCCCCCUCCACGUACAAAAUGAUUUGAUUGUAAGAAAACAUUUUUUUUCUGCUUUGGACUUAACCCUGUUUCCAUCUUCUUGGGAUGAGGUGUAAGAGAAUAAAAUUAUUCCAGUUGGCCUGCUGUUU